AUGUCAACCCCAGGAGCUGGUCAUGAAUUUCCUAGCCAGGAGGUGUCCUGGCUCAAGCGGGACGCUCUACUCUUUGCCUACAGUAUCGGCUGCAAGGCCGAUGAGCUGCAUUUUCUCUACGAGCUCCAUCCGAACUUUGCGGUCUUUCCCACGUAUCCUAUAAUUCUUCCGUUUAAGCUCACUGAUCAAGAAGUAACGGACUUCUAUGCCCGUUCUGGUGGAUCCCCUAUCCCUGGUGUUCCAAAGUUCGACUAUCGCCGCGUGGUUGACGGCCAGCGCAAGCUCACCAUCCUUAAGCCGUUGCCUCCAACGAGCGAGGGUAGGAAGUUCGAGCUACGCAGCAAGGUCAUUGGAGUUUAUGACAAGGGCAAGCCUGGCACUGUCAUCGAAACAGAACAGACUAUUGUGGAUAAGGAGACAGGCGAGAUCUACUCCAGAACUGUUAGCAGCGGUUUCUUCGUUGGCCAGGGUAACUGGGGUGGACCGAAAGGCCCCAGCAAUGCCAACUACGCCCCACCUGAAGGCAAGCAGCCAGAUGCCGUCCAUGUAGUCCAAACGACUCCGGAGACAGCCCAUCUCUAUCGACUGAACGGAGACUACAAUCCUCUACAUGCUACUCCCGAGCCUGGUGAGAAGAUGGGCUUCGGCGGCGCCAUCGUCCAUGGCCUCUUCAGCUGGAAUUCCGCUGCCCAUGGUGUCCUGCGAGAGCUCGGUGGUAGUGAUCCGAAGAAUCUCAAGGAGAUUCAAGCGCGCUUUGCUUCGCCAGUUAUACCUGGUGACAAGCUUAUCACUGAAAUCUGGAGGACGGGCAGUCUCCAAGAUGGUUAUGAAGAAAUUCGAUUCGUAACCAAGAAUGGUAAGGGCAAGGCGGUCCUGAGCAACGGCCGCUGCCUGAUGAAGGUUACCGGGCCGAAAAGCAAACUAUGA